AUGGAAGAAACUCCGUCUGGAAACGUUGAGCAAGCACAGUUACCUGUAUCAGGAUCGCCUUUACCAGUUAAAACAAAAAGUAAAAGAUCUAAAUGGGAGUCGGAAAGCGAGAAUGAAGAGGCUGGAGUACAGCGUAAGGCAGGAAAGAAAAAACGCGGAUCUAAAAAAACAAAAGUUUUUGAAAACGAAGAGGAAGUCGGCACUCUCAGUGAGACUGACGAGGCCAACCAGAAAAAGAAGCAAACAGCUGAUGAAGCUCAAACACUUGAGGCUUCUCAAUCUCCUGCACUGAACACAAGCACACCACCUGCAUUCGAGAAUGCCACAGAACCCAUGGAAGAAUCGCCUGUUCCUCAGCGAGAUCAGGCGGACCAAUCAGCCAGCGAAAAAGCUGGAACGCCCCGAAAACCAAAGCCACCAAUACUUGCCGGUUGUCGUAGUGUAGAUAAUUACGAGAAACUGAAUAGAAUAGAAGAGGGUGCCUAUGGUGUGGUUUAUCGGGCAAGAGAUAGAGCUACAGGAGAAAUAGUGGCAUUGAAAAAAUUAAAAUUAGAUAAGGAAAAAAAUGGAUUUCCAAUAACUUCUUUGAGAGAAGUGAAAACACUGCUACAAGCGAAACAUGCUAACAUUGUGAACGUACGUGAGAUUGUGGUUGGAGAGACUUUGACGCAAAUAUUUAUUGUAAUGGACUUUGUUGAGCAUGAUUUGAAAAGUUUGAUGGAAGAUAUGCAAAGCCCUUUUCUACAAUCUGAAGUCAAAACUAUAAUGAUUCAACUGUUGUCUGCUGUUGCUACUUUACAUGACAAUUGGAUUAUUCAUCGUGAUCUGAAAACAUCGAAUCUGCUUUUGAAUAAUCGAGGGCAAAUUAAGGUCGCAGAUUUCGGACUUGCGAGAUCAUACGGCAGUCCUCUUGGUCCCAUGACUGAUGUUGUUGUUACUUUAUGGUAUAGGGCACCCGAAUUGUUACUCGGGUCAAAGACGUAUUCGACUGCAAUUGACAUGUGGUCAGUUGGUUGCAUAUUCGGAGAGCUGGUCAAUAAAGAGCCUGUAUUACCUGGUAGAACUGAAAUUGAUCAAUUAGAUAAGUCAUUGCUUAUUAACAGUCUUUGCUCUACCAGCCACAGCACUCUAAGAAGUCGGUUUCCGUAUUUGACUGAGAAUGGGAUCGACCUCAUGUCGAAAUUGCUCACAUAUGAUCCAGCUAAAAGAAUCACAGCAGAGAAAGCGUUAAAACAUCCAUAUUUUAUGGAAAGUCCAUUGCCAAAGGAUUCUGAACUUUUUCCUAGCUUUCCUUCGAAGGGUGCAGGAGAGCGAUCCAAUAAUGCAUACCUUAUGUGA